AUGACGGUCCAAGACCCCACCACCCCGCUCCCCACCCUCCUCGACCACAUCGUCACCGCAGCCCCAGAGCAGGCAGGCGUACUCACAGCCACUGUGCGCGACCUGUCCCUCGCCGUCGAGUGGCAACAGCUCCGCCCCCUCGUCCUCCCCGGAACACAGUGGGCCGUCAUCGUCGGCCGCAAGCGUGCAGGCGAUCCCCUCCGCGCUGUCCUGCCACUUCCCUUCCACACCAACUCGCUCACCCCGCCCGAGCUGAAGAGCAUAUUCUCAGCGCUCGAGACCCUCACCGUCCAGUCGUUGCCUGAGCCUCUGCCACCCCUCGCAGCCACGCCUGAACAGUUGAGGGAAGAGCUGGCACGGAGAACAGUGGACAAGGAGACUGAAGGCCACGGUGACGAGGAGACAGCGUCUGAACUUGCGCCACUUGCAGAGGCCAAGACCAUUGCCGAGGAGCUCGUCUUUGACAAGGACACUCUCUACGUCGCAAUUGGCGCAACCGACUCGACGGUCGUGUACUACAAGCUCUCGCGGGGAAUUAAGAAGCCAGCAGACAUUCCAGACGAGUAA